UAUUUGUUUCUAACGAGGUUAAUGAAUUGCAUUGGACAUUUCUACCGAUUCUACCGUUUGAAUUGUGACCAAGUUUCAAAUACAAGUUUUUCUGGACGAAAGUAAAUUAUUUCAAAACGUUUGGACGCUGAAAGUACUUCAAUUAGAAAUUUUUAAUUGUGCCCAAUUCGAUAAUAAACCAACUCAAACCACGAAAGAUGACCGAGAAGAAUUCUUCGGUUGAUGAAAAAUCUUUCAACGAUUGUUAUGAUGUCAUUGACGAUGAUAAUGGUUUUUUGGGCAAAGGUGGAUUUGGUACGGUUAAGAGCUGUCUUUCAAAGAAAACAUCCAAAGUAUUUGCAUGCAAACGAAUUUUAUCGGCAAAGGUUAACAGAGGAAAAAUUCUAAAAGAAAUUGAAAUCCUCAAAAUGUGCACUAACCAGGAAAAUAUUGUUGAAAUGGUUGACUACUUUGAAGAUAAAGACGGUUUCGACUUGGUAUUUGAGAAAAUGGGUGGGAGCAGUAUGAUGAAGAGACUUGAGAAAUAUGGAACAAUAAAUGGAGGCGAAGCAAAGGUCAUUUUGAAAUCUGUAGCUAAUGCAUUGAAAUUUCUGCACAGUAAAAACAUUGCUCAUCGAGAUGUUAAACCAUCAAACAUUCUUUGUUCGUCAGAUGACAUUAUUUAUCCUCUGAAGUUAUGCGAUUUCGGUUGCUCAGAAGUGGGCGAGAGAUUUACAAAUGUGGAGGGAUCAUUUUAUUACUUCGCACCAGAGGUGGCAGCACUAAUGCUUCGUGUAACUGACACCGGGUACUACACAACACAAAGCGACAUGUGGAGUCUCGGUGCCACUAUGUACAAAUUGAUGACCAAUGAAUUUCCCAUCGACAAGGCAUUUUGUGCAAAUUGUAGCUCCACUAAAAAUAGGAAAUCCUGCUGUCUGGAGCCCAUAAUUCAAAGAAUCUAUCUUGGAAAUUACAUAAUGAACGAAACGAAACUGCUCUCGAUAUCGGAAGAGGCCACGAACAUCAUUGAAAAUUUAAUGGUUGCCGAUCCAAGAAUUCGCUACACGGCAGAUCAAGUUCUAAAAAAUCCUUGGGUGUCCACAGCUUAUUAACAUAAUAAACUAAACGCUUGAAUUAAAAGUGUUCUUGCUGAAAGUAUUUAUUUUAACUCGUACAAACUUUUUACGUUCCAUCUGUUAUCAUAACGUUAACAUUUCAGUUUAUUUUAUCUGCAUAGGCUCGUUUUUUAAAUUUUAAAUAUUUGUGUUAAUGUUUUUUUUAAAAACUUUUUCAAUUUAAAUUUUAAUACUUUUGUGAUAUCUGUGUUAUACUAAUUUAUGCUGUAUCUUAUCACCGCUGCAUUUUAUACAUACGUACUUCAUACAAUCUUGAUAUAGCUUAGCUUUUUUUUAUAAUUUUAUUGCACUUGUUAUCGUAAUUAUUACAAUAUAUUUGUGAUAUUACAUUUUGAUCUUCAUAACAAUCUAAAUAUCACAAAUAUAAUUAUUGAUAACAUUUUAAUAUCAUCCAGUUUAAAAUAUUGUACUUGUUAAAACUAUUCUAACUAUUUUUAUCGAUGUUGAUUUUUUGGCUAGCAUUUAAUUUUCUAUUAUUGUAACAGCAGUGAAACAGCAACUGAAGUAAUUAACUUCAAGCAUUUAAAUAUAUUUGCUUUAAUGAUAUGAUUAUAAUAAGACGAUAUCUAGCAUAAUAAUUCAUCAUGUUACUGGAAUUAUGUAUGUUAACGUCAUUUUUUUGUGACUCUACUAAUGGGUUAGUGGAAAAAUAAAGUUGUCUAAGAUCA